AUGGACUACGUGACCAGUGAACAAAUGAGCUUUAUCCAUAGGAACUUGCAACCCGUCCUAUUUAUUACCAGACAAAGCCUGACCAAAGCAUGGAUCCUGCUUAUUUUUCUACUUGGAAAUGUCACAUUUUCUAUUACACAAGACAUUGCUCAGACGUCUAACAGCCUGGAAGAUGGGACAGAUGUGACAACGUUCUGGUGGGGAGAGUGGACCAAAUGGACAGCUUGUACUAGAACUUGUGGAGGAGGAGUAAAGUCUCAAGAAAGGCAUUGCCUUAGACAAAGGCGGAAAUCUCUCAGUUCACUUGGAAAUAAGAACUGUACUGGGACCUCCAAAAGAUAUCAGCUCUGUAAAGCCCAGGAAUGUCCGAGUAACAGCAGGAGUUUUCGAGAAGAACAGUGCACAUCCUUCAAUUCUCACGUGUAUAAUGGAAAGACCUAUCAGUGGAAAUCACUCUAUCCCGAUGACUAUGUGCACAUCUCCAGCAAGCCGUGUGACCUGCAGUGCACUACGGUUGAUGGUCAGAGACAACUUAUGGUCCAGGCUCGGGAUGGGACAUCCUGCAAAUACAGUGACUAUCGAGGGGUUUGCGUGUCUGGAAAAUGUGAGCCAAUUGGAUGUGAUGGGGUUUUGUUCUCAACCCACACCCUGGAUAAAUGUGGUGUCUGCCAGGGAGACGGGAGCAGCUGUGUCCACGUCACUGGGAAUUACAGGAAGGGAGCCUCUCAUCUUGGUUAUACCCUAGUAACAUACAUCCCAGUUGGCGCAAGGGAUAUCCAGAUAGUCGAGCGCAAAAAAUCUGCGGACGUCUUAGCUGUUGCAGAUGAAUCGGGAUAUUACUACUUCAAUGGCAACUUCAAGGUUGACACCCCCAAAAAUUUUAAUAUUGCCGGCACUGUGUUUAAAUAUCGAAGACCAAUGGAUGUGUAUGAGACGGGAAUAGAAUAUAUAGUAGCUCAAGGACCAACAAACCAAGGCUUGAACAUCAUGGUAUGGAACCAAAAUGGCAAAAACCCUUCAAUCACCUUUCAAUACACCCUCCUCAGGAGGCCACACUCUCGGGUCAUUCAGCCAAUCUAUUACCCCUUCCCAGACUCUGAUAGUGAAGAAAGCAAAGAAUUUGAAGAGGAUUUUACAUCUCAGAACAUAAGCCUCAGUCCUAAUGUACAGAAGGGAAGAACCAAAGUGGAGACUCCAGCCAUCGGGAGGCAAAAUUUAGGGGAGAAUGGAAGCCCGGUCAGUGAGCAACACACCAAUGAAGUGUUUGAAGGAGGAGAAGCCAUGGACUGUGAGAAGAGGCCAAAAUGUAAGGCAAUUAAAGAUUUAAACACAAACAAGACUACUUAUGUCUCAGACACUGGAGAGCAAGACUCCUCACACAGAUUUACUUCCAAGGAGUUUCUCCCUGGCAAUGCCAUUGCCAAGAAGUUUUCCAGCAAAGCCUCAGGAUCCAGGGAGACUUUCCAUCCCCUCAACCGAAGCAUUGGAGAACCUCUUAACUCUGUGGAGCCCAACCUGGACAAUCUCUAUGCUGAUUAUGAGGAAAACGAGGACACGGCUACGUUCGACUUGAAUAUCACCUUCUUGGAGCUGAGCAUCAACACCUCUGCUGAGACUCAGUUGACCAACACAACAGUUCCUUCUACAAAUAGGACUCAGAAAGGGAGAAAAGGGCCAAAGUUACUGAGGAAGGUGCAGGGAAUAAGCGCUGUGGACAUGUACCGAUGGAAGCUGUCUUCUCACGAGCCUUGCAGUGCCACGUGUACCACAGGAGUGAUGUCAAAUUACGCCAUGUGCGUGCGUUACGACGGAGUGGAGGUGGACGACUCAUACUGUGAUGCAUUGACCCGACCCGAGCCCGUGCACGAGUUCUGUGUAGGGCGGGAAUGUCAGCCAAGGUGGGAGACUAGUAGCUGGAGUGAGUGCUCACGGACCUGUGGUGAAGGCUAUCAGUUCCGUAUUGUCAGAUGCUGGAAAAUGAUCUCUCCGGGGUUUGACAGCUCAGUGUACAGCGACCUAUGUGAUUCUGCUGACAUCAUCAAACCAGAGGAGAAAAAAAUUUGCAGAAAUCCAACAUGUGGACCCCAAUGGGAAAUGUCAGAAUGGUCUGAGUGUACAGCAAAAUGUGGCGAGCGCAGUAUUGUCACUAGGGACGUGCGCUGUUCGGAAGAUGAGAAACUCUGUGACCCAAGCACCAGACCACCUUCAGAGAAGAACUGCACUGGACCUCCUUGUGACCGGCAAUGGACGGUAUCUGACUGGGGACCUUGCAGCGGAUCUUGUGGAACAGGGAAGACGAUAAGACACGUGUACUGCAAAACCGGUGACGGACGAGUAGUCCCUGAAUCCCAUUGCAAUCUGGAGACAAAACCAUUGGCCAUACAUCCAUGUGGGGACAAAAACUGUCCUGUACAAUGGGUGAGCCAGGACUGGGAAAGGUGUAACACAACUUGCGGCAGGGGAGCAAAACAACGAGUGGUCAAUUGCCUAGAAGUGGCUAAUGGUAAAGUCAAGACUCGCAACCCUUCCGAUUGUGACAUUGCCAAGAAACCUGCUGAGGAGAGCACCUGCUUUGAGCGACCAUGCUUUAAGUGGUAUACUACCCCUUGGUCUGAGUGCAGUAAGACUUGCGGGGUUGGAGUCAGAAUGAGGGACGUCAAGUGCUUCCAAGGAAGAGACAUUGUCCGUGGAUGCGAUGUCUUGGUGAAACCAAUUGGGAAACAGACCUGCGACUUUCAGCCUUGCCCCACUGAUCCACCAGAUGACAGCUGUCAAGACCAGGCUGGAACAAAUUGUGCAUUGGCCAUUAAAGUCAAUCUGUGCAGUCACUGGUACUACAGCAAGGCCUGCUGCCGGUCCUGCCGCUCUGCCCAUUCAUAG